ACUUCCAAAGCCUCCUAGCCGGCAUCAGAGGCAGCUAGAGCUGCAAGCUUGCCGUUGGUAGCUAGGAGGAAGAGAUGGCCAGGGUUGCGAUCUGGGUCUCGUGCGUGCUGCUCCUGGCCGCGACGUGCCAGGGGCUCAAGUACGGGUACUACAGCCGCAGCUGCCCCCCGGCGGAGUACAUCGUCAAGAGCGUCGUCGGCAAGGCCGUCCGCAUGAACCCCGGCAUCGGCGCCGGUCUCAUCCGCAUGGCCUUCCACGACUGCUUCGUCCAGGGCUGUGACGCGUCCGUCCUGCUCGACCCGACGCCGGUGAACCCCCGGCCGGAGAAGCUCGGCCCGCCCAACUUCCCGAGUCUGCGUGGCUUCGAGGUGGUCGACGAGGCCAAGGCGGUGCUCGAGAGGGUCUGCCCUGGCAAGGUCUCCUGCGCUGAUAUCGUCCAAUACGCCGGCCGUGACGCCUCCUUCUUCCUCAGCGGCUACAAGGUUAACUACCCGCUCCCCGGGGGCCGCCUUGACGGCCGCGUGUCGCUCGAAAACGAGACGCUCGCCUUCCUGCCCCCGCCGUUCUUCAACCUCUCGCAGCUCAUCACCAGCUUCAAGGUCAAGGGGCUCAACGUGGACGACCUCGUGGUCCUCUCCGGCUCCCACACCAUCGGACGGUCCCACUGCUCUUCCUUCUCAGACCGCAUCUCCACGCCGCCCUCCGACAUCAACCGGGGCCUCGCCACCGUGCUGAAGAAGCAGUGCCCGGCGAACCCAACCUUCAACAACGACCCCACGGUGGUGCAGGACAUCGUGACGCCCAACAAGCUGGACAACCAGUACUACAAGAACGUGCUCAAGCACAAGGUGCUCUUCAACUCCGACGCGUCGCUGCUCAGGUCGAGGCAGACGGCGAGGAAGGUUGUCGAGAAUGCCUUCAUCCGCGGGAGGUGGGAGAGGAAGUUCGCCAAGGCCAUGGUGAAGAUGUCGCUAAUCGAGGUCAAGACCGCCGCCAACGGCGAGAUCAGGACGAAGUCAUGCCGUGUCGUCAACUAGCACAAGUACUUCAGCGACCGCGACAUACCGUUGCCACUUGCAAUUAAUAAUCGUUCGUGUUGCAGCUAUAGUAUCUUAUUGGUCUGUUACGUUUGUUUCUUUAGAAGCAUGUGUUGUUUCAUUCUUUCGUUGCUCUCACAUGGUCGAGUUGUUAUGUUGUAUUGCAAAUGGCAGGAGAUGUACUUUAAUAAAGUUCACAUAUAAAUUUUGCAGAUA